UGUUAAAGACAGAUAUGAAUGUUUCUAGUACAAAAAAUAAUGAAAACGACAAAAAGGAACCCGUUUCAAUUGAUAUAAAGGAGACAACUAAAUUCUAUUGCCUCGAGUCAACGAAAAUAAUUGAAUCACCUCAAUUAGAAAAGCCCAAAACAGUUUUGCAAGAGUCUAUUCAGUCUAGUCAGUCAUUCAUCAGCGACGCUGUAGGCACAGAAGGUACAUUGGCGGAGAGUCAAACAGAGGCCACUAUUCCAACAGUCAGGGAAAAGAGCUCCAUAGACGCGGAGACAGCGAAAGAGAUGUUAAAAGGUGCUGUUAAUAACGUUACAGAAUCUGUAAAUGUAAAUUAUAACGAAAAUGAUGAUUAUGAUGGUGAAAAUGUUUCGGAUGAAAUUGAUCUUAUAUACAAAACACUAUACACAACUUAUACUUAUUUGACGACAUUUUUUCAAGCCCAGUCCACAACUGUAUCUAGCCAUACAGAGAUUAUUACAAAUAUUGUUACCUCGACCUUGGGUAUUGACGAAGACGCUACAACCAUCAACAAUAUUCAGAGCUUUCCCGCAGAAACUCCAACUAUGGAUAUGAAGAUCACAGUAUCGCCAAACAUACAAGCUACACAAACCCGUUAUAUGAUUCCCGAUGAACUUGAAAGCUUAUUGCACGUUACGACCAACGGUGAACAGUCCAAAUCGAUAAGCUUUUAUGAGCAAAACACAUAUCUGAACGAUACAAAAAAAACAAAAACAUUCUAUACAACUUACACUUACUACACAACGAUUUUCGCUGAUACUGAAACAGAUAUAAUGUCUAGAACCGAAGUCUUCACCAAUUAUGUUACUGAAUUGGGGUGGACUACUGAAACAAUUGUUGAUGAUAUACUACCAGAUAAAACGCCUUCAGCUUUUGAUCAUGGUAUGACCCUAUCCGUGUCUGAGUCUCAACUCCAGUCGGAUAUUCCUAACGUUGAAGAUAAAAAUGCUAUUGAAAUAUCGCAAAAUAAAGAAGAGUACCUAACAUUGGUUACGGACAUCCGAACAAGCAGUUCAAAUGGCGAUGAUCAAGUUGUUGGGAAAAAAGGGGAUGAUGACCAAAUUAGUUCUGAGAGCAAUACGGAAGAAAUAAUACCAUCAGCAACAUUUCUGCUGCAGACAAGUUUUACUACAUUCACAUUCUACACAACGAUGUAUGUUUCGGAUAGCACGAAUGUUGUAAGUCGACUCGAAACUGUAACGAAUAUUGCCACGGAAACGAUACAGCCAACAAAAGUGCUUGUCCACGAUGAGGCUACUCUUCCUAUAACUUUCUUCACCACAUUUACUUAUUGGACUAAGUUAGCUAAGGACGGAGAGAUUACAACAAUUAGCAGAGAGGAAACCAUAUCAAACAUCAUAGAGCCAACAAGUCGUUUAGUAUUGGACCUUGAGUUGAGCUCGAAUCCAACUUCUAUUUCCGACUUGUCAUCCAUAUCAAACGAAGGCGGCCAAAAUAAUAAAAGUUUUACUAAUAACAAUUUUGAGAGUAUUCAACUUAAUCCCAAAAUUGAUGCCAAAAACUUUGUAAAUUUAGACGCAAGUGAAGUCUCGGAGCUGACAACUUUUUAUACCACGUAUACAUAUUAUACAACAUCAUAUGACGCUAAUAGAACAGUUACAAAUUCUCGUUUCGAGACCGUUACAAAUGUGAUAACACCCCUAAGCAAAACUAUUUCAAAAACUUCAGCAACGAAUGUAGAGCCGACAAUAUCAAUAACACAAGAUCAGUCAAUAUAUAUUUCAGAAAAUAAUUACGAGAGCAAAAAUAAAGAUAUAAUUUUCUAUGACUAUAAGCAUAUAAUUGAUGCGGAUGGGAUCAGCACUUUGUAUUUUACAACGCAAGUUCAAUCAACCGUUGACAAUGAAGGUGUUCCCAUUGAGAUCACCAGCAGUACGUCGAGCUUGUACAUCAAUGAAGUAAAGAGAUCCAAUUCGCCAGCAACUGAACAGACAUUAGAGUCUGGAUCAUCCCGACAAUACAAAACUGGAUUGGCUAGACUAAUAGAGGGAACACGAAUUGGGAAUAGUACAACAACUUUGUAUCAAUCAAAAGUGAUUGGUACGAUUAUAAAUAAUCGCUAUGCACAGAUUAUUGAGAGUACCUCAAGCUUUAUUUUUGAAAAACGAAUAGCUACAUCUACAGUACAACCGUCUUCAACAUCUGAUGAUAUUACCACCACCCAAAUGGUAAGUCUUCAGUCUUUGCUUCCAGAAGUUGAGGGUAGCGUCAAUACCGAUUCUACUGAGCAAUCAACGUCUAUUGAUAGUAUUGACGAUAAUGACAAUAAUAAUGCUAGCUUAUCUCUGCAAACAAAGAAACGAACAUUUGCGCCUGUGAUAAGACCAUUUGCUUCGCGGAACAGACCAACAUUUUCGCCAAAGCAAAAAACUCUAAGUCCAAGCAGUGCCACUAUUAUCACCAGAUCCGACAUAACACCAACAAUAACAGCAACUCCGGCCCUUAAGUCUGUGGGGCGAUUUAGUACAUCUCGUAGAGGGACUAUAUCAAAUGCGCCAAUAAAUACUUUGGAUGGCGGCUCAACAUCUUCUAGACGUCUAUUUGGUCGCCCAAUAAAAUCAUCGACCAACACUGCGGUUAAUGCCGGCGCUAGUCAAUCCGGCUCUAAUUUUAGUUUAGCAAGCAGCGGAUUUUCUCAAUCUAGAAACCGUUUUGUGUCCUCUUCGCGUGCUGCACCCAUAUCCAGUUCAAGGCGACUAAGCAUUAAUUCCUUAUCCCGACCAUCCAGCAGCAUUAAUUUUCGAGUUUCUGCACUGAGUGUUGGCAGCUCCAGACAACGAAUUAGACCAGCCUCAGUAAUUGGUCAUAGUGCGACCACAUCAACGCUGAAGCAACUUAAUGCAGAUAGUGUCGAUGCCGAUGAAGAGCCUUCCGCUGAAAAUUCGACUGAAAGCAAUGCUGAUGAAGAAAAAAAUUAUCAAAUUUCUAGACGCAAUCAGAAUCCAUUAUUGCGUUUCCGUCGACCACUCGGUCGGCCCAGUGGAUUUACUCCGGUUCCACGGGCUAAUGCUAAUGCAGCUAACAUUUCGCCAAGAAAAAAUCCAUUAACUGGACGGACCAAAACAUCUACAGCAACAACAACUACAACGACGACAGCGAGGCCACGACCACGAAACUUUCAGCGACCCACAAUUUCAAGUUUUCAAGCGCGAGCUAGACCCCAAAACAAUCUUUUCCCACCACGAGGACUAUUCAAACAACACAAGGAUCAAGCACAAGUAGACAAUGAAGCAAGUCAUAAUAUAAAUGAUACGGAAACUGAUUCUGAUUACGAUGAUGAUGAUGAAGGCGAAGAUGAUGAUGCUGAUGGAGAGGUACAAAAUGAGACUAGACGGCGCCGGAGCUCGAAUAAAACUGCGGCAAAAGUCAGCAGUAAUCCAAAACUUUCACGUAGACGUCGUGAAGCUGAUACCUUAAAUAGGAACAAAUUUCGAUUUCGGCGCCCAAAAGCUGUCACAACAGAAGAGCCAAUUCUUUUAAAUAGCGAUGAGCGGAUACUAUCCACAACACAUACCCCAAAUUCAGCACGUCCGAAAAUUAAUUCGCGUUUCGGUUCAAGGUACAUGGUGACGCAUAAGCCACAAACAAGUACUAGCGCUCCUGCCAUCUCAAGCCAUAGGUCAAUUCGUCCAAGCAGACCCACAUCGCCGCGUACUCAAUUUACAUUAAGAGAGCAAGAUGCUUCUAUAAAAAGCAGACAGAGUGGCACGUCUUUAAAUUUUCGUCGACAACAGUCUAGUGCACGGCGGACCCCGACUAUUUCCAGUUCAACUAGUGCAUCGCGCCGUCUGAAGAACUAUAGUACGCAUAAUAAUAAUGUGGAAAAUUCUGGUCGCCGCGCCUCAAACACAGCACGUGCGCGUAAAGGCAAUGCAAAUAUGUCGACAAGAAGCCGCACUACGAUGCGUGGAAGAAGUCGCAUUGAAUACAACUCGGACUCCCAAUCCACAGAGUUAGGCAGCGUUACAAUCACGGUUACGCAUUUAAUACCAGCGGAAGUAACGGUGCCCGUUAUUAAUGGUCAGGUGACUGAAUACAAAAAUAUUGUGACUGCGAAGACAAGUCUUGAGGUACUAGGACCACAUCAAUAUACCCAAAUUUUAGGAAGCAAUGGGCAACUAUCAUUGUACCUAACUCGUGAAGAAUCCGCCAUUAAUUCUGCUGGUGCCACAGAGCUAACACGGUAUCUACUGCGCGAAUCGUUGACAUCCACUGUUACAUUUACACCGACAACGAUUCGUGGCCGUAAAACAUCCUUCUCACACGUUCUGCCUUCGACAGUGUAUUCUGUAGAGAACCUGGUCUCGACUGUGCAGCCGCAGAUAGCAGCCAAUGCACCAUUAGCCAACAUUUUGCUGUCUCAGUUGUUAUUAGGCAACAUCAAUUUGCCAAGCAAUCCACUUUUAGGGGCGAUUGCUCAGCCCCAUGGAAUGAGCCAAAUUAUUGCUGUUGAGCCGUCAGCACCGGUCACGGAAUAUCGUACACAUACUUCGACUUAUGUAACAACUAUAUACGAUGGUAAAUCUACAAUUUUGCCAAUCACUUUUCAAGGGAAGAAGAUCUUAACAACCGUUUUUGAUACGACUGCUCAGACCAUAACCGCAACUGAAUAUAACGUAGAUACAAUUGUUAAUACGCCCAGCCACCAGGUUGUGCAGGCAUCAAGUCAGGUCGCCCAAGUUAAUAAUCUACUGUUGCAGCAACUUCUGCUGCAGCAACAACAACAACAGCAACUGCAAGCUAGCGUGGCUCAGGUAAUGCAAACGACAUCACCUAAUAUAUUAUUGAGUGACGAUUUGCAGGACUUGGAAGAUGGGGUGCGAUUUGAUGGUGAUUCCAUCAUCGCGCGCGAUAAUAUUGAUGAUAUCAUAGCCAUCGAUGAUCGUAUCCACACCAAUAAGAACCGCAAAAAGACAAGGAAAUCGAACAAAGGUCAAAAGCGGAACAAACAGCAACAAACGAAAUCUGAAGAAGAAAGCAGCGUAGUUACGUUAUAUGUCUCUGGACGAAGACCAGGUGAAUUUAGCACAGUUUUAUCGACUGUGUACAGUAGUUAUGAGCACUUAGUGCCAUCAAGUUUGCACAAAAGGCACAUUAAUGACCAAGACGAGACAGUUUCUUUACAAAAUCCCGAUGAUCUAUAUGCAUUUGGAGAGAGCGAACGGGUCUUAUCAUAUGUUCCACCUAAUCAACUGGGUGAAAACUUAGUCAACUCCGAUUCCGAUGCUCGUACAGCUACCUUAGAAAGCAUAAUUGGGGAUGUCGAGCUGUGGUAUGCCAAGGCAACAAAGCAAAACGUUCCAUCAAUGUCUUCGAAUACCAAGGAGCCUUUCAAUAGCAGUAAUUAUUCAAAUUCAGCAUAAAUAACCUCACCGAGUUGUUCCCACUUCAGAUGCAGGUCUGCAAUAUCCAUUUGUAUAUUCAUGGCAGACAAUGUCCUCACAGCACUAAGCGCAUAUCCAAGCGUGAAUUAAUAGGCUAUCAGAAACCACGAGUGCGCAAGGUAAUUGUGCGUCGUAAGCCUCUUAAUUCUAUACGCCCAUUACUAGUCAAGUAGCUUAAUAACAAAGGCGAAUUAUACAGUAGCUUAAUAAUGCUAACAGAGAAAACGCAACCAAAGAAGCGUGUUGUAAUUUUCAAAAAUAGACUA